GCCACUGCUUUCGGGGUGGAAGCCGGCUCUCCAGGAGCGCUGCGAGGAUGCGGGUGGGAGGGACUUGGCACCCCAGGGCACGCCCCAGCCAGGUCCACCCCCGGUCUGCGGAGACCUGGCGAGCCGCAGCCCCCGAGCGGCUGCCUAUAUAAGUCACCCGGCGCUGGCUGGGUGCACGGGAGCUUCCAGCCAGCGAGCCUUGGUCCUCCCCGGCGCGAGGGCGGGAAGACGAGAGGGGCGCCCGGUUCCACCUGCAGCCACUGCCCGCGCGCCGCCCAAGCUGCCAGCGUCCCCCGCCUCUCUGAAGUCAAGAAGCCGGUUUGCUGUCCCAGCGGGACAGGGGAGGAGAGGCAGGGAGAAAUUCCACCUUGCGGGGGCCCGAGUCCUUCGUCCUUGCGCCCGCUCGUCGCUCCGCAAUUUGAGCGAAGAUGGUGGGCCUGACAGCCUCUGACGUGCCCCCGACCAUGGCGGUCAAGAUCUUCUCUGCUGGCGUGGCGGCCUGUGUGGCGGAUGUGAUCACCUUCCCGCUGGACACGGCCAAAGUCCGGCUACAGAUCCAAGGCGAAUGCCAGACCUCCAGCACCAUUAAGUACAAAGGUGUCCUGGGAACAAUCACCACUUUGGCAAAAACAGAAGGGCCGAUGAAACUCUAUAGUGGGCUGCCUGCUGGCCUCCAGAGACAAAUAAGCUUUGCCUCUCUUAGGAUCGGCCUCUAUGACACCGUCCAGGAGUUCUUCAGCUCAGGGAAAGAAACAACAGCUGGUUUAGGAAGCAAGAUCUCAGCUGGUCUAACGACUGGAGGAGUAGCAGUAUUCAUAGGGCAACCCACAGAGGUCGUGAAGGUCAGACUUCAAGCGCAGAGCCAUCUGCAUGGUCUCAAACCCCGAUACACCGGGACUUACAACGCUUACAGAAUUAUAGCAACAACGGAAGGCCUGACAGGCCUUUGGAAAGGGACUACUCCCAAUCUGACGAGAAAUGUCAUCAUCAAUUGUACAGAGAUAGUUACAUAUGAUCUAAUGAAGGAGGCCCUCGUGAAAAACAAACUACUAGCAGAUGACCUACCCUGCCACUUUGUGUCAGCUCUCAUCGCCGGAUUUUGCACAACUGUUCUGUCCUCUCCAGUGGAUGUGGUAAAAACCAGAUUUGUUAAUUCUCCACCAGGACAGUACACAAGUGUGCCCAGCUGUGCAAUUACAAUGCUCACUAAAGAAGGACCACUGGCUUUUUUCAAAGGAUUUGUACCUUCCUUCUUGCGACUCGGAUCCUGGAACGUCAUUAUGUUUGUGUGCUUUGAACAGCUGAAGCGGGAACUGAUGAAGUCAAGGCAGACCAUGGACUGUGCCACAUAAUCGUCUUCAGGAAAAGGAUGUAACACAAUGGUGGGAAUCUGUGUUGACUGACCAGAUAAUUAAAAUCCAAAACAAACAAAACCUACUCAUUUUAUUUCACCCUAAAAAGAUAGAGGAAUACUAAUUGAGUUUUGGACUUUUUAAAGAAAAAAUUGUAUUUAUUUCUUGUGACUUUUAUUCUCAGUGUUUUAAGAGGGAGAAAACAAAACACUCAGUAUGCACCCUGGCAAAUGCAGUGUCCGGAUAAAUGACUGAAUCUGCCUGUUUGGGGAGGGCUGGGGUCUUACGAUUGGAUACGAAGAACUUUAAUAUGUUUUAAUUAUAAUUCAGGUCGCCAGAAGGGGAAAAUGGAGCGGUGCAUUUUAGGUUUAUAAAUAUUUAAUGUUUCCUUUUAACUUAUUAACCCAGUUGUAAGUUAAUAUAUUCAAUAAAGGACUGUUAAUACCUUUAAAGGUUUGCCGUUUUGGAUCUAUAUUUGAAUCUAAGACUUGCAGUUCACCUAGACUACAAAGUGGUCCAAUAACAAGUGAAGGUCUUUAGAACCAAUAGGCAGAAACUUACUUUAAAUGUAAUUAUUAGUUUUUUUUUUUUUUAAUUUUUAAAGUCUAUAUUUUACGGCACUUUUAACAACUUCUAAUCUAAGUCACUAUAAUCAUUUGGGCCUAUUGUUAUUAGAAUCGGGGUGUCGGGGCACCUGGGUGGCUCAGUCAGUUGAGCGUCUGACUUUGGCUCAAGUUAUGACCUCAUGGUUUGUGAG